UUCUGUCCAAUUCUUAACCCAAAUUGGAUUGUUUUUAACCCAGCAUUUUUAAGGGUGUUUAUUCGCCUUCUCCAGACCGGGUUGCUCAAAAUUCAUCUGCCUUCCUUCCAUUCAUCCCACUGUCAUUGUUCUUUAAGUUAUUUGCCAUUAUUCACUGAGCCUGCAAUUAAAAGGUGUACAGUACACCUACAUUUGGCUCACCAAGUGAAUGGAAACAGCCACCUUUGACAAAUCCAAACAAACAAAAACGCAUGACUGAAGGGAAGCCAUUGCGCAUGCUGAGCCCCUCUUGUCACACGCACCACUUUCAUCAUUGGCCCCGGUGGCGCUCUCGUGUCUCGCAGGGGAUAGGUGCCUCCCCUCCCCAUCUCCCCCUUUCCCGUCCGUUGCCAAAGCCUGCUCUGCAACAUGUCAUAAGGGCCUCCGCACAUGCGCAAAAUUGCAUAAAUAAGAGCCUCUGCGCAUGUGCGUGAUGCAAAUGCCACUGCGCAACAGACAUGGAACACAUGGCUUGACGGUCUUUUGAUGGAAGCAUGGUGGCUUUUCGUAAAACAACAUGCGAGGGGUAAUUUCAAGGACUUUUGAUAAUACAUUUCUUCCAGAAGGUUCUCCAUUAUAACACGAUGACGUCAAUGCUCUUCCUUUCUCCCCCCCUCCCCACUCGAAAAACUGACACAACGCCCUUAAAGGUAGCACAACAGCAUGGUGAUUAUUCUUACCAGCCCAACGUUUUACGCCGAGUAAACGCGGUUACAUGCCCUUCACGCGUACUGUCGGAACUGCCCCGCCGUCAAAAACACCAUAGAGGACGGGGGCCAGCAGCCAACACGCAGCCACGGCAAGAGAGACUUUUCAGCUCGACGUGAAGCUGGGGCUGCGUCACAUGGUCUCUCGAACACCAAUCGGAGGGGCCAGCUUGCGUCACGUGUCUCCCACGACCCAAUCAGACGGGCCGCUGGCGUGUUUAUGCUGGUCUUUUCUCGGCUGGUAUGGAGGGAGGACGAGCGAACUGGCUGCGAUGUUUUCAAAAGGCAACGAAGAACGUCACACUGCCGUAGGCAACGGUUUACGUCCGAGCAUUUCCCCCUUUUGGAAGCGGGGGCGGGUUGGGGUGGGGGGGGACGAAUAACUGUUUCACGUCAAGCCACCCACGGAUGAGACGACGGCGGCCAACGUAGAAGGUGCACGAUGAACUCGCUGGGCUGGAGCUGUCUGGGCUAGUCGGGUGCCACACCAUGGCCAAACCCGGUAGCGACAGAGAUGGCGCCAUGGUGGAAAAGCAAGCGGGGAAGAAGUGCAAAGACAAGUUGUCCCCAUUCACCAAGACGCCCAAGCUGGACCGGAGCGAGUUGCUGGCAAAGGAAGGCAAAGUCAAGUCUUCCAUGAAGCGCAAGCUCUCCUUCACAAACAGUCCGCCCCGGACCACCACGGACGAGCGAGACUCGGACACCGAGCUCAAGUGGCACACGCAUCUCAACAUCAACCGUUGGGAGGCGGAUCUGCGCCCAUCUCUGCUUUACGGGGUCCGACCGCUGCAAGGAAACUGUGUCGACGCGAGGACGACAACAACAAAAGGAAAUGAGUCAGACCCAGGCCAGUCCGCUGAGACCUGGGGUGAGAGAUUAGCGGCCCCUUGCCGGACGUACGCAGAUAAGGAUGGACCAGAUAAGAAGAAAGUGAAAAAGGAGGCCGGGGGCAAGAAGUCGCAAGCUCCCAACCUUUUGUUUGGCUACCCGCUGUCCGAGCGCAAGCAGAUGGCUCUGCUCAUGCAAAUGACGGCCAACAGUCCAGAUUCCACGCCCAGCCACCCCUCGCAGACCACGCCGGUGCCCAAGAAGGUUCCCAGCAGCGCCUCGUCGCGGCAGAAGGACAAGGUCAACAAGCGCAACGAGCGUGGCGAGACGGCGCUGCACAUGGCCGCCAUACGGGGUGACGCCAAGCAAGUCAAGGAGCUCAUCAGCUUGGGAGCUGAUGUCAACGUCAAGGACUUUGCAGGCUGGACCCCGCUUCACGAAGCUUGUAACCUGGGUUACUACGACGUGGCGAAGGUGCUAAUCGCAGCCGGCGCUGAGGUGAACACGCAGGGUCUGGACGACGACACGCCUCUCCACGACGCGUCCAGCAGCGGCCAUAAAGACAUUGUGAAGCUGCUCCUGCGCCACGGCGGAGACGCCUUCCAGGCCAACAAGCGCGGUGAGCGGCCGGUGGACGUGGCCGACUCGGAGGAGCUGGAGCGGCUGUUGAAAGGAGAGGCAGUGCUCUCCGAGCAGGGUGACAGCUCCUCGGACUCGGAGGAUUCGCCAUCCGUCAACCCGUCCAGCGUGGACGACUCUGACGCAGAGAAGGACUCUGACGCUAAAGCUAAGUCGUCGUCGUCGUGCAACCCGGACCUGGACGAGUACGAGUUCAAGGACGAGGAAGAGGAGGAAGACCUGAGUAAAGUGCUCAAUGACCGACAUAUCCUGCGGCGAGAAUUGCGGCAGAGGGAGAAGGAGGACAAAGAGCACGGCGCUGUGGCCGGGAAGCAGAGCGCCAAGGGGGAAGCCAAGUCCAAGAAGCCCAAGAUCCCUCGGCUGCACUGCAGCUCAGACUCAUCCAGCGACGAGCGGGAGAGCCUCCCCGACAGGAGGAACUCACCCACCUGCUCGCAGAGUUCGGAGGGCAUCAAGGUAAAAAAAGACAGCGGCGAGCAGAAAGACAAGGGCAAAUUCAAGAGGAAGAACAAAAGCCAGAAUAAAAACAAAGAAAACCAAGAGGACGGGAAGGAGAACAGCAAGACGCUGGUCCUCCAGCUGGCCGCCGCUGCGGAGAGCGCGGACAAGGGGCGCGAGGAGGACUCCUUCAAGAUGUCCUUCAGCCCCAAAGACGACUCGUCGGUGCACCUCUUCCACUUGUCGGCCAUCAAGUCACCCAAACUCAACCACGGCCUGGCCGACAAGCACGCGGCGCCGCUCAAGCAGGAGAACAGCUCGUGUCCCACCGACGCCAUCAAGUACAACCACUACUCGGACGUGGACUUCUCCACGGAAAGCUCCAGCGCCAAGGCCCACAAGCACAAGGAGAAGAGCAAGCACCACCAGCGUGAUGGGGAGCGCGACGACGCCCGCACCAGCCCGGGCCCGCUCGCCGGCGUUGAGGGCGCCGCCGCCGCGCGCAAGACGGACGUGGAUGUCAAAGCGGCCAAGAAGCACAAAGUCAAACAUAAGGAGAAAGACAAACACCGGAGAGAGUACGAGGCCGAGUGUAGCCGUCACAGGCAGAAGGAGGUCAGGAGAGACGGCCACAGGAAUCUGGAGUUUGACAGAGAGUUCUGGAAGGAGAACUUCUUCAAAAGCGACGAGGCGGAAGACACGGCGGCUACAAAACGCCAAGCGGAGGAGCACUGCUCCCUCCAGAGGAUGUGCGGCGACGGCAAGGAGGACAAGAGCGCCAAGGAGAAACAUUCCAGUGGCAAAGACAAGCGGCCGAGGGACGAGCGUGACAAGGAGAAGGCGGUGAAAAAAGAGCGCAGGGAAGAGAGGACCAGAGAGCGCGACGACAGAGCAAGCGAGCGCAUUCCAGAUGCCGAGAGCAACCAAAGUAUGAAAGAAGAGACGGAGGAGACGGCCAUAACUCUCGCUGCCGAUCAGGAACAUCUGGAGCCCGCGCGCGACAAAACAGACAAGCGGCUCCCGGGAAAAGAGAAGGAAAUGGAAAAAAUGGAGAAAAGGCAUCCGGACAAGGAAAAAAAGCUCAAGUCGGAGCACGCCAGCAGAGCUGAGCCGCAGAGUCAGUUGGAGCGCUGGAAGGAAAAAGAGCGAGCCGGGCCCGCUUCCGCCCACUUCCCGGGCGAUAAACUCAAGUCUCUGUCCGCCGCCAAGAAGCACGAAGACGGCCGAAAAAGUCGAGACAAGCGCUCCGAUACGGAUCACAGAGAAAAGGACCGCGCGGGUUACGACAAGAAGCCGUCGGAGAAAAGCUCAGAUCACGGCAGAUCCGAUCGCUCCAAGGACUGUGAGCGAAAAAGAAAAGACAAGCUUAAAGAUGGGACGCUUUCCUCCACUUCCAAUCUGAAAUCACUUCUGGAGGAGAAGAAGUCUUAUCUCUCUGAAAGUGGCAAGUCCUCAUUCACAAAAUCCAAAGAAGAGGCAGCGGGGAGGAUGCCGGAGAAGGAUCGGGACCGGAGGGAGCGAGACAGAGAUUCGGACAGGCACAAAGACAAGGAGCGCCACAAGGACCGUUCCCAGCAGAGCAAGGCCAACAAAGUCAAGCCCAGCGAGACGGAAGGUGAAAAGGCCAAGCUCAAACCUCCCGCCGCCGCCGCCGGAACCCGAGACACCAGGCCCAAAGAGAAGCGCCUGGUCAACGAUGACCUGAUGCAGACCAGCUUUGAGCGAAUGCUGAGCCUCAAGGACCAAGAGAUUGAGCAGUGGCACCGCAAGCACCUGGAGAGGAUUAAACAGAAGGAAAGGGAGAGGCUCAAACUGAGAUCUCUGCCGGACCCUGCCAAGCCCAGGCCCAAGGACCGGACUAAGACGGACACGUGCUUCAGCAAAGAGCUCCUGCGCUCCAAAAGCUCCGAAGCUUCUGACGCCCACUGCAGAGAGAAAGCCCCGAAGGACGUCUCCGCUCUCAGGGCUGUGUCCCUAGACGGAAAGAGCCUGCCCUCCAUCGGCGCCAAGGUCAUGUCCGCAGUUGAGAACUGCCUGAGCAGAUCCCCACGACCCGAGGGUGAGCACUGCAGCCUCAUGUCCAGGUCCGUGUCCCUGCUUUCGGUCGCCAGCUCCGAGGACUCCUGCCAGGCGGCCACCUUGACCCCUAAGCACGCGGAGUACGACUCGGACGUGAACUUGGAGCCGGCCGACACGCAGCCCGCCUUCCUGCAGUCCUCCCUGGUCAUCCAGGCCGCCAGAUUGCCGGCCGCUCUGGACAAGGACUGCGUCGUUCUUCCGGAUGCGCACCGGCCGACACUUCCCGGCAGACACGAAUCGCCGUACCUCAGGGCCAUCCUGGACGAGGACGCCAACGUGUCCACUGAAACCGGGGCGACAGACAGUCCACCGAAACCCCACGCAGAGGCUCCGAGAACAAGGGAGACGUCAACAGAAAGAGAAGAGGUGAGCGUCGGCCAACCGUGUUCAAACGCCGAGUCGCUCGCAGAGUGUAAAGAUUCAGCUGGCGGCUCCUCACCCAACAGAGAGCCUCCAAGUCUCACUCUCUGCGGUAGUCCUGCAGCAGAACUUUCUGAUGCCGCUGUCCCGAGGGACAUCCCCUGUCUGGAAAGUCCAACUUCACAACCGGAAGCGACCAACAGGGACUUUGACCCGGCAUCUCUGUCGAUAGAACCGCCGGAGCUCACCAACUCUGAAAGCCUCCAGCCCGUGGAUCCUGUCCUCGUGAGCAGACUGCCGGUGGACUCUUCUUCUUCAGGCCCGCUUGCGGAUCAGAAUGAAACAAACACCGACGCGGAUGGUGCAGAACACCUUAGUGCCGAAAUUGUCCCUGAGAGCGUCAAGAUGGAGGUGACGGAAAGUCCAGUAGCCUCCACCAGCACCACCAAACCUCAAGCAAGCUUCGAGUUUAAAUGUCUGCAAGAGAAUCUGGAUCCCAGACCUCCCGUUGUAGUCACUCCGAUGGAGAUGUCGGACGACGAGUCCAGCGCGACAAAGGAUCAAGAGAUGUGCGAUGCACAGAAGUCUGAAAACCAAGUUCCAAGUUCUUCACUGGAAGAGCAGCUGACUACAGAGUUAUCCUCUGAGUUAUACAUGGAGGCGACCCCCUCGGACCGGAAAACCGAGUCCUCGUAUGAAGACUCCAGUCUGGCCGCCAUCCAACCGGCAGGCCACAGUGACCUGAGUAGUAGCAGCUGUAGCAGCAGCGGCGGCAGCAGCAUGAGCAGCGGCAGCAGCAUGAGCGGCGGCAGCAGCAUGAGCGGCGGCGGCGGCAGCAGCACGAGCGGCGGCAGCAGCAGCAACACCUCGGGCAGUUCGUCUCCCCAGUCCGCAGAACCAGAGUCGGACUGCUGCGGCACCAAGCUCAAGCUCCGCUCCUCGGAUGAGGAAGCGGACCUGCACUUAUCGCACCCGCGUAAAAGGAAGAUGCCCAAGCCGCCUUUCUGCCAGCCGGGUCCGGCGCAGGAACUCGAACGGGAGAGCGGCGAAGCCGUGCAGCAGCAGCAGUCGCUCGCCGCCAUCGUGGCCUCGGUCAAGCUGGAGGAGAUCGAGCCCUACCAGACAGAGCGCGCCAACCCUUACUACGAGUUCCUGCACAUUCGGAGGAAGAUCGAAGAGAAACGCAAGGUGCUGUGUAGCGUGGCGCCGCAGCCGCCGCAGUACUACGACGAGUACGUCACCUUCAACGGCUCCUACCUCCUGGAUGGGAACCCGCUCAGCAAGCUGUGCAUCCCCACGAUAACUCCGCCUCCCUCACUACCCGAGCAACUGAAGGAGAUGUUCAAGCAGCAGGAGGUGGUCCGCAUGAAACUGCGCCUGCAGCACAGCAUCGAGAGGGAGAAGCUGAUCGUGUCCAACGAGCAGGAAGUCCUGCGCGUGCACUAUCGGGCGGCGAGGACGCUGGCCAAUCAGACGCUGCCGUUCAGCGCCUGCACCGUGCUGCUGGACGCCGAAGUCUACAACAUGCCCCAAGACGUCCAGAGCGACGACGGCAAAACGUCGGUGAGGGACCGAUUCAACGCCAGGCAGUUCAUGUCCUGGCUGCAAGAUGUCGACGACAAGUUCGACAAGCUCAAGACGUGCCUGCUGAUGCGGCAGCAGCAUGAGGCGGCGGCGCUCAAUGCCGUGCAGCGGCUGGAGUGGCAGCUCAAGCUACAGGAGCUCGAGCCGGCCACUUACAAGUCCACCGGUAUCUUCGAGAUUCCCGAGUUCUACAUCCCGCUGGUGGAGGUCAACGACGACUUUGACCUCACGCCCAUAUGAGCCGAGCUGGCAGCGGCAAAAUGCUCGACCGGCGCGGCGAGGAGCACUUAGGACUCCCCCCGGCCGCUACGCGAGACCCAAAGGCCAGUAGGGGGGGGGGCGCCGAAUAGGACGCUGAAGUCGACAGCACCACCAUCGUGUCGUGUUAAGCAGGGUGACUUAAAAACGCGCACACGUCAAAGUUGUGUGGAUAAUUUUGUGUACAGAUUGUGCUCUUAAUUUUUUUUAACUUAUUUUCUACAUACAAGAACUUGUGCAUUUGUACAUAGCAAAAAAAUGGUGUAAUUAUUCUUAUUGUUUAAGAAGCGCUGUACAAAACCAACCCAACAAAAAAGUACUAGAUAUUUUGAUUGUAAAUGUCUCCUGUUUUAA